AAGAGAUCAAUUGGUGAAGUUAUCAGAGGUUUCUGGAAGGAAGGAGCUAGCGGCAAGCCCUACCCCCAACCGUAACCCUAACCCUAACCCUAACCUUGACGCUUCUCUUCUCUUCUCGUUCAUCUUCCUCUUCUUCUUCCUUCACAGAUUCAAUCUCUGUUAAUUAUUAUUUGAUUUGGGGUAGAUUGCUGCUUAAGGGUUUUGCCUCUUUCACAUAUAAGAUGCACUUCCGGUCAUCAUUUUACCAAAAUGCAGUUUUUGAGUUGGUUAUUAAAUAUAAAUGGAUGCCAAGCGAUUCAUCCAGCUGGUUGAGGAGAAGAAGAAGAAAAUUAUGGAGAGAAAGGAAGCACCUUUAAAGUGGGAGCAGAAGCUUGAAGCUGCUGCUGAAGCUAAAGAGAGGAAGUUGAAGGCUGCAAAGCAUAAAAAAAGAUCAGGCUCUGAUAAUGACAGUGAUUAUGACACUGAUGACGAGAGUAAAAAGACAAGUAAAAGAUCUCAUAGGAAGCACAGGAAACAUUGCCACUUUGACUCUGGUGACCAUGAGAAAAGGAAAGAAAAAAGUACCAAGCGAAAGACAAAGAAAUGGUCCUCAGAGUCUGGUGAUUUUAGUAGUGAUGAAUCUGAGAAUAGCUCUGAGGAGGAGAGGAGAAGAAAGAAGAAGCAAAGCAAGAAACUAAGAGAACGAGGUUCAAGAUCAGAUUCCAGUGAUUCUGAUUCUUGUGCUGUUGAAGCAAGCAAGAGGAAAAGGCAGCACAAACGGCAGCGCCCAUCCAAAUUUAGUGGAUCAGACUUCUCUAGCGAUGAAGGAGAUAGUCCUGUUCGGAAGAGAACUCAUGGAAAACAUCACAAACGCCACCGACAAAUUGAAUCUAAUGAAUCUGACUUGUCAAGUGAUGAAAGUGAUGAUGUUCACCGUAAGAAAAGCCACAGAAGGCACCAUAAACAUAACCGGCGAUCACAUAAUGUGGAGCUGAGGUCAUCCGAUUCUGAUUAUCACAGUAAUGGCCGAAGAAGCAGAUCAUUAGGGAAGUCCUCGGAUGAAAAUUCCGAAGAGGAAAACAAAAGAUCAAUGCAUAAAAAGUCUGGUCACCAUCACCAUCAUCGGCACCAUCAAUAUCAUCGUCACAACAAACAUAGACACCACUUGGAUGAGGAGAAAAAUUACUCACUCCAGCACUCACCAAAAAUCAAUGGAAAGCAUGAGGAGGGAUUAGACAAAACUGAAACGGAGAAAAGGGAUGGCUGUCAUCAUGAAAGCAGAGCUAUGUCUGAGAAUAAUGAUGAUCAAAUUGUUUGAUUUUGAGUCUGUUCUGUUAUCAGUUUUUCAUUGUUCUUUACUGAAAUUGCCAGUGACUAUCCGGUAUUCAAGUUGUUGGAACAAUUUCAUUAUUUAUGUCUGAUUUAAUAUUGUUGUCAGCAGUACUAUUGACCAUGGAAACUUUGCUUGGGUUAUUGUUAGGUAAUGGCAUUAAUCUGAACCUUCAUCAGCUAUUAUAUGCAAAUGCAUUUGAAAGUUAUAAAAUUUCCUUGAAAGGGCUGGUGUGAGAUUCUCUUUUGUCUGGUUUUGCUACUUGUACGAAGAGGCGUUUAAGCGCUGUACAGUUACUCCUGUGUAGUUUGUGUCAGAUUCAUUAACAGCAGUAUCUAUGGUAUCGAAAGGAUGGGUGGAUGCUCUCCUUGCGCAAUCAUUGUUAGGGCCAUUCAUGAGCUUCUAACUAAUUCCUGGGAGGUGCGUAUUACCGGUGCCAUGAGGAAAGUUAACUGAAUUACUUCUUAACCAAAAUGAAUCGUUAUUUUUCAAUAGGUUACAUUUGCUUGAAAGAUUUUUAGAUGGGUGUUGGCAGUUUUUGUUAGAUGAAUUUU